UCAAAACAAAAACAACUAAAUGUAAACAAAAUGGAAAAAAGCAAAGACAAAACACAAAAAAUGAGAAAUAAAAACAAAUUACUUAAGAGAAAGAGAGAAAAACACAUGCUCUCUUUGUAUUUCAGCAAAUAAAAGAAAACACAAAAAAAUAAAAAAGAAACAGCAGAAAAUUAACCUCAAAAUGAAAAUGUGAAUAAAAAACAUGAGAUUCAUUCGGCCACAAAAUCAAACACAUCACAAACAAAUCAUAUCAGCAGAGUGUACGGACAAAUAAAAUCAAUUGGCAGUCAAAAAAUAAUAUAGAAAAUUUAACAAAAAAAAACACUCAUAUACAUAAAUAAAUUCGCUUAAAUGUUUAAUCAACAAACCAUUCAAAUAAUAUGAAAACAAUUGUAAUCAAACAAACUCUACAAGAACAGCAGCAGUAGACGGAAAAAGUGAGCAUUUUAAGAAUGGAAUUGCAUUCUUAUGCCAAGAGACGGAUCUCAAAGAAAUGGACUAUAGAACAGAAACGUAAAUUGGUGGAGGCUAGAAUUGCUCAUGAUGCCUGGUUUACCAAUAAACCCAGCAGUGUGGUGCCUUGGAAGAAUAUUUUGAUAGCGGCUAAUUUGGAUGAUUUCAAUGUGUUCUUUGUUAGAAAACAAUGGUCCAACAUGUUGGCACGUUAUAAACAAUACAAGCAAACACGCUUGGGUAACAGUGCCUCCAAAACCUUAGAUGCCGAGCUUAUAAAACGUAUUAACCAGGAGUGGGAGUUUUUCGGACCAAUACACACAUUCAUGACACGCAAAACUACUAAUUUACACUCAUACGCCUUAACUCAUCGUACGGAAAACAAUAACAGCGAAUAUCUGGAACAUACAGGAGAAGAAAUGACACAGACCGCAACUAUAACAGAACAAGAACAAUUAAAUCAAACUAAUAAAACUCCCACGAAAUUAUUACAUAAUGAAACGAUUAUCAUACAAAAAGACUGUGCUAAAGAAAAUAUACCAAAUAACACAACAAUUGUUAUACAAUCGAACAUUAAUAAUAUUUCUAAUGAUGAUGGCAUACAUCUAUUUAGCAGUGAUACAAACGAUGAGUUUCAAAUCAUUACUGAAACUACUAGAAUCAUUAAUGGUAAACGGGGUGACCACGAGGAGGAGGAGCAGCAGGAAGAGGAUGAGAAUAUGAAUAGUGUUCGAAAUACCGAUCAUGAUUUCUACUCCAAGAAAUCUUCACUGGGAGAUAUGGUGGGCGAAGUAAAGCUACGCGAAGAAGAUGAUUUGCAGGAGCAACAGUCUAAUUAUUUUGCUGAUGCCAGUGAAGAAUCCCAAGGUUCCUUGAAUAUGGUGGGGGAUAUAAUGCAAACAAAUAAUCAAACUAAUGCUGUGACUACUGCACCCUUAAAUGUGAUAACUGUGCGUAAUGCUAAUGGUCAAACAUUUGAAAUAAAAUCGGAAAAUAUUACACAAAUCGAAAGUUUAGAGCUCAAGGAAGAGUUACAUGAUGAGGAAUUUCAUAACGAUAUGCCAUCGACUAGUACACAAAGUAAUUUAACACAGAAUAUGGAUGAACUACCAACAACCUCCUCAUCGUCUAGGUCUCGUUUAAGUGAACGUGAUAAGUAUUACCGCCAUAAGAGGCGUUUCAAUAGACGUUUGGAAAAACGUUUCGAUGCCAUUUUACAGGUAAUGGGUCAAAUAGUUAAAGCUGAAUAUCCCACUGUUGAUGUGGCACCCCUGGUGGGUACGGUAACAGCAGUGACCUCUAGCCUGGGUAAAAUGUUAAGCAGUGAUUCAGAGGAUGAUUAUCAAAGUGAUGACAGUAAUAUUAAUAUUCCUACAACUACUCAAGAAAAUCAAUAGAUUGUUACUACUAAAAAUACAGAAAUAAAAAGAAACUAAAUUGUUUAAAUUGCUAAAAAAAAGAAAACUACAUAUUUUUGAAAGAGGCAUACGUAAAUUGUUAUUUUUUAUAAACAAAUUGAAACUUCUCAAAAGAAAAUCUUUAAAUAAAAAUAAAUUAAUGAUUAUAAGUAAA